AUGGACACGACGAAGAUGAGCACUGCCGAACAAAUGCGAAAAGAAUUGAUGGAUCAAGGGAUCGCCCCAGCAAUGAUAUCACUUAUGCUUGAAGACAGCCCAGAGUCUAUAGAUGAGGUUCAGUUCAAACCAAUGCCAAUUGAAUUCAGAGACGAGCCUAUUCCGUGCCAUCUAAUAUGCGAUCAAGCCAAGCUGAUGGCUGAGAUAGCCAACAUUGUGCAGAAUCGCAUUCUCACUGACGUCCAGGUGGUGGUGCACGGUACCCCAUUUGACUGCCACUUGGCCGUGCUGCAUAUAGGGUCGGACUACUUUAAGCAGUUUCCCUCAACAAACAAGAUCGUUAUCGACGAGCCCGAUGUGACGGUGCUAAGCUUCGAAAAGAUCUACGAGUGGAUGAUCAACUCGAAUUUUGAGGUCGACUACGAGAACUGCUUAGAGCUGUACCUUGCAGUACGCUUUCUGCAAAUUCCCCGCUUAAUAGAGCUCAUGUGGAUCUUUUUCGAGAGUACCGAGAAUAUUAGCGAGGGCCGCGCCUUCCAGCUAUAUGUAAGGGCCAUUCCCUAUUCGAUUGAGAACUUGCAAGCCCUGAUGCUGACUCGGCUGAACCGAUUCUUUCUGACGGCUGUGACGACACAGGAGUACAUAAACCUGACGGCCGAACAGGUCUAUGCAGUGCUCACAAUCAGUGCCCUCGCUGUCAACUCCGAGAUGGAGGUAUUCAUGAGCGUCUUUCGCUGGAUGAUGUACGACUGGGCGGAACGCAAGAAACACUCGCACUUUCUAAUGCAGACCGUAAGAUUCAAUUUGAUGCCAGCCUGGUAUAUACUCUCGCUGAAGACGAAGCCAAAAAAGCGCGAGCUAGCAGAGCUCCUCGACGACCCCAUAAUGCAGGACACUCUCGAUGCGGCACUGUCCUACACGGUGACACAGCACUUCAUUACCAAAGACUCCCCAUUGACGAAGCCGCUGGAAUUGAACACCGAGCAUCAGCGCGAAUGGAUCAUCGAUUGUUAUGCACGUCACCAUCAUCUCUACAAUUGCCCCAAUUGGGUGUACCUGGACUACAAAGUGUUCGAUUCCUAUAUGGAGGAGAUCAUCAAGUCUAGAAAGGAGCAUUUUAAGGACUUAAAGCUUUUUAAGCCUUCGAAUUUCGCGCCCUGCUGCCGGGAACUGGUUGAAAAUUGCGAAACUCUUUUAGAGAUUUGAGUUUGAUUAACAUUUUACCGUCUCACCAAUCGA